UGUUCGCCAGUCUUCCCUAGAGGCGGGAGCGCUUCGCGACGGAUUCUCCGCCGGGUUAAGCUCGUUAGUGUGUCUUACUGUGUAUGAAUAUAGUGUCGAUCGGUUUGAUUUCUCUGACGUAGCGGGUUUCGAUCUUGAACAUCAUAUUGGCAGUGGGGAAAGAGACGAAGCGUGAUGGAGGAGUAAGGAAGGGGGGCUUAAAGGAGCCGGGUCGAUUGCGUGAAGCAGGAGCGCUUGCCGCCAGUAGAGACGGGGGCAGCUUGGUAAGUGGGGUUUGGGACGGGUUCGCACAUGUAAGUUUGGGCCAAAACGCCAAAUCGGACAGAUCCGAGUCAAAGCAAACGAGUAUGGCAGUGAAGCCGCACACUGGCCAGGGCCCCGGUGUUAGGAGGAGAUGCUGAACGGCCUCCAUUUACACGCACGGCCGGCAUCGCGCCAGAGAAUUUUCACCCAUUGUUUCCCCUUCGUACGGCUUUUACUGGCAAGGCCGACCUGCCUGCGUGAUUUUCCCCUGCGCGCAAAACCCCGAGCACCCCCCCACCCCACCAUGUGAUCACUAAGUAACCCCCCCUUUCCCCCCUGACGCCCCCCGGCCGCAGUGGAUAUUCUGCAUGGGUCGAUCAUCUCGGCCUUUCCAGCAGGGUAGAGCUGAGCAGUACGCUAUAGUGCCACUCUGCACUGGCCACAUCCCUCCCUCCGGCGCCAUUGAGACCCUGCGGGGUGUGGACCCGACUUGUCCAGCUAAAGUAAAUUUAAUUUCAUUCGAUAACACAGAUCUCGUGCUAGUCGCUGCUCUGCCAUGACCAAUGUGAUGAAAUCCUUCCGUAUUUAGUGGACGAUCUGUCUGUCUCCUUUUUUUCUUAUUACUAGUCAUGCAGCCGCCCGUUUCAUCACAAAGGGGAGUCUGCAAAUAGGAGGGUCAGUCUGCGUUGCAAAUUGCAUGAAUGAGCAUUUGACCACACAAUUACAUACUUGCGUAUCGUCUUGCUUAAGAUGUUUCAUUUGUGCCUUAGGUUGUUGAUAUUAUUGAAGGAAAUUGUUUCCGUCACUCUCAUUAAACACUUUUUAUUAGCUGUGCGUUUCAUAUAGUGUCUUUCAUUAUAUAGAUUUUGUUGUUGCUUGGAAAUCAAGCCUGUGCCUCAUUGCAGAUUACACUUACAGUCAUCUCCUUAUGCAGCAUAUGGUAGUUAAAGUGCUGCAAGGAACUCCUCAGCUAGAAAACGUUUAUAGGGAGACCCAACAAUAUACGUUUUUGUAGCAUAGGAGUUUGCUGAUUUGGAACGGACUAGCCUCAGAGCUGUCAUUCAGACACAGUGUGUGGAGUGGCCAGUCACAAGGAAAUUGUGAAUGAAAUCAUCAGAAAGCUGGUUAACAUAAUUUUCAUUCUAACAUUUAAUAAGUGGGUUAUAGACUUGAUUAUAGUUGAAGUGUCAGACUUUUGACAGCAGGUGGCCUCUGGCUAAGAUCCUACUACCAGCUUCCUUCUUUAAGCAUCAGCAUGUUUAAUGUCAUAAAAGACCUCCUGUAAGACCUGUCAUCAGUGUUGCUUUCAAUCGCUGCAAAAUGUUUAGCUGCAGCAUCUUGCAACAGGGGAAAAAUUCUGGGUGAUACACCUGCUGUUCGUUUAAAGAGAAGAAGUCAUCUUUCCAGCAUGUCUCGGCUUCGUGCCAAGGAGUUCUCCAAGCACAGUACUUUGAGAGCACCGGGCACCAUUAUUAAGUGGGUGGUGUCAGAAGACGGCAGUGAGCUUCUCAAGAAAGGCGAGGUGACCCAGAUCGGGCAAGACGGGAACAGGCUUGCCCCACCACACCAAGACAUCGCAGCUUCUAGCACUGAAAGAUUUGCAGGUGGAAGGGUGUCAUUGUUGGACUCCACUGAUGAUUUACUGGACAUGGCAAAGUUUAAAGAUGAAAUGUCAGAAAAGAGCAGCGCUUCCGCAUGCAACUUUGGAUUUCAUUGUGAAGACACAAUUGCCACUAGUGCAGCUGCUCUUCAAGACAAUGUGUCAUACCCCUGCUCCUACUGUGAGAUUUGCUUCACAGCCAUGCAGUACUUGGAAAAGCAUGUGAAGCGCACCCACAGGAAACAGUACUUGGAAAUGCUGCGCAGUCGUGCAGUCAACCUAAAGAAGCCAUCAUUUAAACCCAACUCGCCACAUGAGGAUGAUGUGAGCCAAAGCCACAUUGACACUCCAGAUGCAAAUGAGAUGGCCAUUGACUCUGACCCAUUCUCAUACCAGUGUACGGACUGUGACCUGACCUUUAGUGUGUUGGAGGACCUGAAAGUUCAUCAGCUGAGCCACAACCCAGGUGAGACGCUUUACCUGUGUAGUGAAUGUGGGAAGAGCUUUUCCAGCCUUGGCUCACUACAGACCCACCAGAAGGUGCAUGACUCUGAGGCCACUCUGUAUCUCUGCUCCGAGUGUGGUGACAGCUUUCAUCGGUUGGAUCUCUUGAAUGACCACCAGCUGACACAUGCAGGAGCUGUCGCAAUCAAUCUUACUAAUUCUGGUGGAAUUGCUGCUGCUAGCAUGGGCCCUGGAACAGGACCUAUCACUGAAGCCCAGUACCCAUGUCCUCGAUGCAACAAAGUUUUCAAAACUGCCCGCUACCUGCGCACCCACCAGAAGAUACAUACUGGGGAGGCUCCAUAUCAUUGUACAGAGUGCGAUAAGCCCUUUACACAGCUUGGUGACCUGAAAACACACCAACGCACCCAUACUGGAGAACGACCUUACAAGUGCACUGAGUGUGGCAAGAGCUUUGGUCGUUCAGGGACUCUGAAGAAACACUGGCGUACCCACACAGGUGAGACCCCAUAUCAGUGCACUGUCUGUGGGAAGAGUUUCAACCAGUUAGGUGCACUUAAGACCCACCACCGCAUUCACACUGGCGAAAUGCCCUACCACUGCCAGCAGUGUGACAGGCACUUCACAUACUCAUACCAGCUCAAGAGUCAUGCCUGUAAAAUCUAACUUUGGCAAAAAUGCCUUCAAGGUGGUUGCACUGGCUUGGCAUAUGGGAUGUGGGAAUAAUGUUUUUAUAAGCGUCAUGUUUUCAUCUGGCUAAUUAGUUAUUAUCAGUACUGUUGCCCAAUGGAAUGAAGCUAUCAGAUCUUGGAUUCUUCUGUGAAUUUUGUUUCCCCCUCCUUGCGACCAAACCCAGAACAUUGGUGACUGUUUUUAUCAUAUAUAUUGAGUUACCUAAUUUAUCUAUCGAGAGGUGCAGCAUCAGCGUCUGUUCAUAUAGAUCUUAAUCCAUUCAACACUGUGAUGUGGUCGCAAACAACAGACAGAAACCAAGAUUGCCAGAGAGGGACUGGCAUUGGUUCAGAGAAAUGCUGACAUUCGGCCAACAUAGCUGGGGUGCCCUUUUAGCUUCUGUUAAUGGUGCCUAAAGAAAGCUGUGUAAAGUUGAUCUGGUGCUUCUGAGAGAUAAGGGCACCCUAUAACACCAAUCUCCCACUUUCCCCCUACACUUCCAAAAUAAACUCUGGAAAUUGACAUUCUUUCCUGUUAUACCUACCAUGCCUAAAAAAAUCUUUUGGGAGAGCUGAUGAGAGGUUUUGUUCAGUGUUCUUGCGACUAUAGCAAGUAAACCUUAUGAAUCAGAACUUAAUGAAAAUUUUGUAAUGGGUCAGCACUAGUUCAAAGAAGGAAGUGAUGUGGUAUCAGUUCAACAGAAAGCUAAAGUCACUCUUGCCUUUCAACAUCUCCAAGGCAGCUGCUACUAUUUGGCAGUAACCUUAUCCACCAGUACUCCAGAGGUGUGAAUUUUGUUUCCGCUGCGGAGUAUGCCAGGCUUGCUGCAACUAAAGUAGCUAAAGAAAAGAUUUCUGAGCCAUGGAAAAGAGCAAAGAUUAAAAUUGACAGACUUGCCCCACACAUCCCAGACUUUUCCAGUCAGGGUCCAACUUUUGCUGAUUUUACUGGCUGGAUUUAGCCACCUCCUUACUGCCACCCUUGGUUCAUCCCAAGAUUUUGUGAUGCACCUUUGUAUCACUCUUUGUUAAAUGGAAGAAUGUGGAUCACACUAUAGGAUUGCAAAGGUGACUAUUUAGAGCAAUAAAUGUUUUGGGCAGACUUUCUGAAAGGAGAGACAAGAGGUCUUCUGCCCCAGCAAAUAGUUAUAUUGCCCCAACCCCCCCCGUUGCCAUCCACUACAUUGCAUCAUUUAAUCCCAAAAAAACAAAAUACUUGCAGUAGCAGUUUGUAAUUUGUAGUGCUGUGCCAUGUGAGGCAAUUGCAGCUCUUGUCUGUUGCUGCUUUAUCUUUCCUGCUCUGCUCCUGUAUGUUACCAAUGGUGCUCAUGGACAUGCUGUUUCCCAAAGUUUUUACUUUUUUUGUUUUUUUUUUUUUUCUUUUCAACUGUGUUUUGUGUGUGUGUGAGAGAGAGAGACGUGUGUGUGUGUGCGUGUGCAUGCAUGCGCAUGUGCACACACCUUCCUGUAUUCUUAACACCAUGAAUAAGAUGACUGCCCUUCUUAAUAUGUUACUGCCUUACAUCACAGAGCCUCACAGGAUGUGUUUUUGACCUGUACGCAUGCACACACACACACACAGGUAUCUCCACCCAUAUCCCAUGUGUCUUCUUAGGGUGAACUGGUUAGUACCAUAAAAAUCUCUAUUCCUUAUCUUUUUGUCAACUGAAAAUAUUCAACAUUUACACAUAAUGGAUGGGCAGAUUGGUGUAAUCUUUUACCGUUGCUCCAGUUGCAUUUGAAAAUACUCAAGAAGAAAGUUUGGAUGGUGGCUGCUGCUAUGGCGUGCAACACACGGCUUUUUUGGAUAUUUUAUAGUCACCAUAAUCUGAACAAUUGAGUUUUGCUUCAGUGACGUAUUAGUGGAAAGUCGUUUCCUGUCCAGUCACUUUGAAUGUGUUUCCCAUAGAGGUCUGGUAGCAAAAAGUGGUUAAUCCAUCUCUAAGAAAAAUACAUGUUCAAGCUUCCUGCAGUUUCUUUUCUUCCAUUGUGAGUCCAUAUUGAAAACGAGGCUUGCAAGACAUUGUUUUGUGUGUGCUGCAUCUUGGGUUGUCAGAAGCUUUAAUAAGCCUUUUAGGUUUCCUCAUUUUGUCAUAUACUUUUGUAAUAGCUUGAGUAAAUCAAUGUUUUGCUCAAGAACCUCUGGCCCACCUAGCAGUUUAAGCUGCAGAAUAGUGAGGUGCAGUGCAUUUCAUUUCUGUCCAGCCUGCUCCUGGGUCCCCAAGCCCUUUUUCUGCAUUUGUAUGAACUGUUAAAGUAUAAUGACAGCAUUUAUACUUUUUCUUAAGAAUAAGAUAUAGGAAUACUGGUAAUAACACAAUACUUCAAACCGCCACUCUUUAAGGUUUGGAUCUAGUACAGUAUAUGAGACAUUCUUACACUCUUCUUCAGGUAAAGGAGCUAGGCAGUUGCUCAUAGUUUCUAGCUAAUUCUAGGGUAUAAAGCAAGAGUGUGAUGAAUGACAGGUACAACCUUGACCAAAGUAAGAAACACUCUCCAAGUUUGUUUUAGCCUCCUUUUUAACAUGUUCUUUAGGACAGUGGUAUUCAGUGGUUCACUUUGGCCUCUUGCAAUGCUUGGAAGUGAGUCCUUUUAAAGCUGCCUGCAAGGCAAAUGGUCUUCUUCCUAACAUCUUUGACUUUGCUACUUAGGCAUUUCCCUGCACAAAGCUCUGUAGUUCUUAUUAUCAUAUACAGUAUAUAAUAUUCAACUUUCAGUGCCUCAAUUCACCAGUCUCCUAGGGGGAAUUUGCCUUUUUGAAGUGGUUGUAGAAGAACAUCAUAAUACUGUGAAUUCAGUGGGAAUGAUUGACUCUAGAAUCACUCCUGUUUUCUAAUUAAGCUAAUUCAAGAUAUUACUGAUUAGUUUAUUUAGGUUUUUAGUGGUAAAGCACCUCUCAUCUUGAAUAUCUCAACCAAGUGGCAUCAUUCACAAACAAGUUCAUUUGUAGUUAAGAAAAAAAAUAAAAACAAAAAAACCCUUCAAAUUUAAAAAUAGGAGGGCAGUUGCAUAGAGAUCAUUCCUUUUUUGCAAGUGUUUAGUCAAAUGUUGUUUGUAGAAGACCUCUAAAUAGGCUCCAUGGUCUGCAAUACGCCACCAGUCCUCCUUGUGCAGCGUUACAUUUGGCUUUCAAGGUCUCCUUGGUAAUUAUCAUAGCACAGCCUCUACAUGUCAGAGGAUUAUCUUAACAUGUAUCAAACUCUUACAGACUCUGAAUUUAAGACACAUUUUAUAAGUUUGGUUUUACAACUUGAAUUGGUGCCAAUUCCGCAGUGAAUCCACUGAGCUGAAUAAAAUGGGUUUCAUAAUGGAUGAAUUUGGGAUUUGAAAAGCUACUUGUUAAACAUAUCUGACUAAAAAUGUUUUGGAGCAUUUGUGGAAAGUUUGUUAAGUGGGUAGGCCAUGUGAUAUAAGUGGUGCAGCAAUAAAGAGUUCAGCUUGAAACCCAAGAAAUGCCAGUGGGAAGGUGGAAAGCCGUGUUCCAGGGGCGCGUUCACUGGUUUAGUAUCUAUGGCAAUGUGGCAGCGGCCUCUGUUCAUUUCUCAUUUCAGUUAAUGCUGGAUUCACACUGUUAUGUAAAUGUGUUAAUUGGAACAAUGAAGAUUAUAAUGAGCACUUUAGUGUGUGCAACACUAUGAUAUCUAAAAAUAUUUACUUCAAAAUGGUUCUGGGAUGGUGACCCCUGAUUCAAUCUGUAAACAGAUAUGUCAGCUUCUGAAAAUAAUGUAGAUGCACCAAGCCCUCUGAACAUACAUAGGUAUGUCUGACAGUUUUAAAACUGAUUAUUGAAUGAAAUCACAGUAAUUGAAAACAAAUCCAGAUAUCUAAAACCAUUAUUGUUACAUUUUACGUAAUCAGUAAUUUGAAAGCUUUAAUGAUCUGCUUGAGUUUUUCUAAAAAGCAGACAGUUAUAGUUGUUGCUGAGCUGCUGUGUCUUCUGCAUCUGCAGUGUAUGCGGUCUUUAUUGAAUGCUUGAAAUGUUUUAAUCUGCAGUCCAACAUGAAUAUUCAAAGAUGGAAUUGCUGAAAUAGGAAAGCCCCUUAUGCAACCACAACAGGAAGUAAAUCAGCUGCAUACGACUGUGACCAAAUUUGUAAGAGUAGCACCAUGAACUUGUGUCUUUCCAGAAGGUCUGGCACUGCCUUAUCAAUUACCCUUAUUAGUUUCCAACUGUUGUUGUGUUUUUUUUGUUUUUCUGGAAGGAGUCCAGUGGUUGCUAUUUCACUUAAAAUGAUUAUAUACCAAAAAAGAAAUCGAAACAGUAGGCAUAAUAUAAUCUCUGCCCUUUGGACUGUGUGCCUUUCCCUGGUGGCACUUUCUAUGGAGGGUUAAGUGUUAGGUCAUUUUGCCUUGCAACAGUCUGUAUGACAUGUGCUUGUAUUUACCUCCUGCUUUGCUACAUUUCCCUAAUAUUUGCUCAACAAGAACUAACUUCUGAGACUAAAGGGUAGCCUGUUACUUUUUUGUACACUGAUUUGUGAUGCUGACUGAGGCAGAUGCCUAAAGCAAGACUGCUAGCAUUGCUUCUGUUGAGAUGCCAGCCCAUCUGUAGGAGGCAUGCUCAUUGCUGCUAGAAACUUGUACAUUUGGGUUUCCAAGUGACAGCAAGCUACACAAACCAAAUGAGAGCCCUAUGUAAUUACUGUAAGCACUGACUGGAUGGACACCUGUUGUAGAAACUAACACUACACUACGCUAGAGCACUGGGGAUGCCAGUCUACCCAUCUUUCUUCUCUAUAGCUGUGCAGGCCAAAUGUUUCCUUAAUUUUGUUUUACAUUGCCUGUUGUAGAUCUACUUGUAGUCUGUAUAGCCGUGUGUAAAUACUUUUAAUUUGUAUAACCAGUUAAAUCUGUUCAGUUCUGUUCUUUGUGGCUUUUUGUUUGUUUUGUUGUUUUUAAGAGCACCAUUAAAUAAAUAACAAAAGACAAAUCCA